CGUGACUUCUUUCAGGCAAAACAUACUUGAGGUAAAUACACCUACCCUCAGCCAUGAACUUGAAUGUUCUCAAGCUGAUUCUUCUAUUUGUGAUGAUAUGUGCGACGCUCGUGUCGGGACUCGCUCCUCUAAAGGUCCUGCGCUACCUCCGUUACAGCGCCGCUCAUGCGUCUUCCUCGAAACAGCACAGGAACGUCUCAUUGAUUCUUUGCCUACUCACAUGUUUUUCGGGAGGCGUUUUCCUGGCUACGUGUUUUCUUCAUCUCUUUCCGGAGCUCGCAGAAAACGUGCGACACCUCGAUGAGUCAUACGGCUUUCACAUCGAGUAUCCUAUCGCUGAGUUGCUGAGCUGUGCUGGUUUCUUCCUUCUUUUCUUUCUUGAGGAGGUGGUCAUCAUGGCCAUUCCAUCGCUUGCCCACUCACAUUCUCAUGGUGAACACGGUCACGGAUAUCUAAUGGGUGAGAGCUCCCCCACGAUGAAGAGGGAAGUAAGCGGUUGCUGCAUGACGGGCAAUCACAUUUCAACGCAGACUUCGAGAGAAGCGAACGAUCUUUCCGCGGAAGCUACGUCAGUGCUGAUCAAAGAGAAUGAUAAAGAAGCCUCGAUCACUGGAGAAGAAGGUGCUGGCCAUUGCCAGAAGCACUGCCCAUUGACGGUCCACCGAGUAAGACGCAAUUCGGAUUCUCGCGAGCCGCAAUGCAAAGCCGCAAACGAGGUCUUCACAACGCUUGUUUUUGCUGAACCGGAGCGAUGUGAAACUAACUGCGAGAAAAUAAACGAGGAUCCACCGAUUUUGAUGAAGUCCUCUCCUCAUGCACAUUCUCAUGGCGUACGCUCAAUAACGUUCGUUCUUGCUCUGUCAAUCCAUUCAGUCAUUGAAGGCAUUGCAUUAGGAGUGGGGAAUAACGCUUCCGAAACAACAGCAUUGUUUUUGUCGCUACUCGUUCAUAAAGUGAUCGUGGCUUUCUCUGUCGGGUUGCAGUUAGCUCGUACUCACGCUCAUCAGUUGCAGUGGGUUGUUGCUUCGGUGUUUACCUUUGCUUUAAUGUCACCGAUAGGGGCCAUCGUUGGGAUGCUUGUUCAGUCAGCAGCUGCAAAUAGCUUUGGGAAGGAUGUUACCAUCACUGUGCUUCAGGGUCUGGCUGUCGGUACUUUCCUCUAUGUGACCUUUUUCGAGGUGCUCCUUCAUGAACGUGACAACGAACAUCCUAACUUGCUGAAGCUGCUUGUGAUGCUUGUGGGCUUCUCGCUGAUAGGACUCCUCCGCCUUUUCUGUGCUUCGAUGCACUCUCAUACAAAAAAGUAUCACCUCAACGCUCAUCUCAAUCACUUCCAGUGUCCGAGUACUACCAUACCUAAGCAGAAAAACCAGUCGAGUAGAGAUUAA